UAGAAUUCAAUUUACCUUCUACAGAGUACCUGUUUGUCGUUCGUUUUUCCUUUUUGUACAUGCCUGUACGACGAAGCGUUACGAAAAUUUAGUACGUCAUUUUCACGCACAGGGUAUAACAGUGCGCCAACACGGACUGGCAGAUAAACCGAGUACACAUCCAAAGUCAUUUAAACCGGCUGACAUCGAAAAAGCUGCUAAAUUCAUCGAGUCUAUAGCCGAUUUAAUGGCUCUACCACUGCCCGGACGACUCCCAAAAUUUAAGGAUUUUCGGAUAAUGAAACUGCCAUCCAGCGAGACGAAGUCCUCAAUUUAUCGAAAAUACAUUUCUUCCCUCAGUGAUGACGAAUUGAAGAUGAGUAAUUGCAGUUUUCGACGGAUAUGGUCCAAAUACAUACCCCAUGUUACAGUUAUGAAACCAGCGGAUGAUCUCUGCGAUGUCUGCCGUGGAAACACAAUAUCGAUUGCGCAAGCCAAAGGUGUUACUGACAUUGAACGCGCACAGAAGCUUAAUCAAUUUCUUGAUCACCUCCACCGAGCCCGAAAUCAACGAGAAUAUUAUCAAAGUUGGUGUAGAAAUACUGACCCUACAGCAGUCGUUCUGUCAUUUGAUUUUGCCCAAACCGUUCACUACCCGGUCAGUCCACAACAACCUGGUACAGCAUACUUCAAAGCAACCAAGAAGUGCGGAGUCUUCGGAAUUACAGACGAAAAACAAAAAGUUCAGUACAAUUACAUGAUAGACGAAAAAGAUGACGUUGGUAAAGGACCUAACUGUGUUGUGAGCAUCCUGCAUUAUCACCUGCAAACCAACU